AUGCCAUACUUUGCUAAAGAUCAUAACGAGUUUUUAAAAUGCUUUUGCAUAUGCUGUAUGAAAAAAAGUAAUGAUUUAAGAUGCAUUCAAACCAAAUGCAAUAAACCAGGUCCAAAACAAGCAAAAAAUUAUGAAAAUCUUAUCAAGAGAUUUUUUUGGGAAAACUACUCUGUUGAAAACCCGGAUCUGCCUAAAAUGUUAUGUUCUAAUUGCAGAAAAAAUAUAGUGAGUUUAGAAAAAACAGAUUCAAAAAGAUUUUUAUUCAAGGCUCGACCUAAGUACGAAGGUCUUAAUACUAGAGUUAUUCGAGGUGGGAAAUGUGAGUGUUUUAUUUGUGUUAAUGGGCGUAAAAAUGGUACUGAAACAGCAACUCUUCCACCAAUGGUAUCUUGUGAAACUAAUGCAGAUAUUGAUCAAAGUCACAGUAAUUUGAAUCUUUCGACUACCAAUGAAAAUCUUGUUCUUUGCAGAAGUUGUUUUCAACAAAUAGGAAAAGUAUUAAACAUCCUUGCACAAAGUUAG